AUGCUGACGGAGCAUUUCUUUGUCGCGAAGGUGGCACGCCCCCGACCACUGACGAACGUGGGGUUCGGCUUUCUGCCCGCGCCCGACGAUGCUUUCCGGGAGGAGGAUGCAGGCUCUCCACCUAUGUGGAUCGAGAGCAUCACCAUCUACCCGCACAGCCUCACGGGCGAGCUGCCCUUUGUCUCGCAUCGAAAUCUCGAGGUGCUCACAGACGACGACUUAGUGUGCAAAGAUGGUCAGGCAUCCUCCCAGUGCGCCAGACUUUACAGAAAGGAAUUCCACCGCUAG